CAAUGGCGCCGGGAGACGCCGGGGGCCGGGUGGUCAUGCUGGUCCUGCUCCUUUCGCUCGUCGCGUUGCCGCCGCCGGGCGCCGCCUCGGCCGCCGCCCUGCCUGUAGUCAUCAACACCUGGGCGUUCAGGACGGCCGCGGAGACAGCUUGGAGAGUACUCCAGUCGGGCGGUUCUGAGCUGGAUGCAGUCGAGAGAGGCUGUGGGCAGUGUGAGAUUGAUCAAUGCGAUGGGAGUGUGGGAUACGGAGGAAGCCCAGAUGAAAGUGGAGAAACAACUCUGGACGCAAUGAUUAUGGAUGGCAACACUAUGGAAGUUGGGGCUGUUGCAGAUCUCAGACGUGUAAAAAAUGCAAUUGGUGUAGCACGAAAGGUCCUUGAAUACACUAAGCAUACAUUAUUAGUGGGAGAGUCAGCCUCCCUGUUUGCUGUAAGAAUGGGGUUUCCAUAUGAAGAUUUAACAACCCAGAAAUCACUUUCAAUGUAUUCAGAGUGGCUGAAUCGAAGCUGUCAGCCAAACUACUGGAAGAAUGUGGUACCAGACUCUUCAAAAUCCUGUGGACCAUAUAAACGGCCUGGAAGAGUAACUUAUAAAGAAGAACAGACCAUCUCACAAAGAGAUGUUCAGAACCAUGAUACUAUUGGUAUGGUUAUAAUUGGUGCGAGUGGAACCGUUGCUUCUGGGACAUCUACUAAUGGUGCAGUCCACAAAAUUCCAGGCCGUGUUGGAGAUUCUCCGAUAGCUGGAGCAGGAUCCUAUGCAGACAGUACAGCUGGAGGAGCUGCUGCCACUGGGGAUGGUGACAUUAUGAUGCGCUUCUUACCCAGUUAUCAAGCUGUGGAAUAUAUGAGGAUGGGAACAGACCCAACAGUAGCCUGUCAGAAAGUUAUUUCCAGAAUCAAGAAGUAUGCUCCAAAGUUCUUUGGUGCUAUCAUUUGUACCAAUACAACAGGAAGUUAUGGUGCUGCAUGUAAUAAAAUUCCAGGAUUCACUCAGUUUCACUUCAUGGUUUCUAACCCUUUGCUAAAUCAACCAACUGAGCAAGUAGUAGAUUGCAUUUAAUUUCUUCUGUUUCAUUAGCUUCUCAGUUUAGAAGAGGAAAGUGCUAAGGUUCCCCAGGAGUUACUUUUUAAAAUGGUUGUUUCAAGCAUCUAAUAGCUGGAACAGUCUGUUUGUUUUCCUGAGAACUGAGUAGCUAAAAGUAAUGAAUAGUAACCAUGGAACAGGACCUUUGCUUUGCCAUUUAAAAACAUAUUUGUCAGAAAUAUGGAGUAAAGGGCUGGAACUAUAACUCUACACAUCGUUAUUUUGAGAAUACUUAAUUCUCUUUCUAAGAUUUAGUCUAGGUUUUCUCUUGAAAAUACAAUUGCGUAAAAAUGCUGACAAGCAAGGAAAGGGGGUUGAAGAGUAGUGGAGACUAUUUCAAAACCUUAAUGAAGAGAUAAGAACCAUCUCCUUUUAGACCAUUCUGAGUUGUUUCACAACAGCUGAGAAUACAUUUGAAUAGAGAGAACGUGCAAGCAUCCAUGCCAAUACAAACCUUCAAGGAAUAUUGUUUGACUCUGACUGGAUGUGAAGACAACUGGAAAUCUUCCUGUCACCUGGUUUCUAUAGUGGAAGUUGUGAAUCAUAGUCACAGUGAUUUCUUUUCACUGCUAUUCUGUGCACUCACCCUUUCGUGUAGCACAUUUACCCCUGCAAAGGCGCAGUUGAAUACCUAGAGUAUGACAGUUACUUUCAGUUGGGGGUUUUGUCACUUUCUGUGUCUAGAGUCAGAAGGAUUCAUUUGUAGAAGAACUCCAGCAUCAUGAGGAUUGUUCCAUAGGUAUUUGAAGAUCUGUUUGAUUGUUCUCUUAACUUGGCAGCCUGCUGAUCAUUUGAUUGAAUCUGUUAAACUUGAGCUAGGAAAAGGUAAAAGGGGGGAGCAAGUAAAAUCAAUGUCUUGUCACUUUAA